CAUGUCCAGUCGCGCGCGAUGAUAGGUUUUAUUUACUUCGUCCCUGAGUUCUUGGGGACAGGCGCAUGCGCUCUAUUGAAUUCGGAGAUUUAUUUCACAGGCUCUCGGGCCGCCGAGAGGACUUAUUACACGCCCAGCGGUCGGUUCUUUACCACUAGCCCCGCCUACUUCUCGGCUCAGUAAGCCAACCAGACGAACACAAGUGGGCGGGAUCGACGGCGCAGCCAAUGAAUGCGGGGCGCUCAGCACCGGGAGAGGGGGCUCCGUUUGGGCCUGAGAGGAAAGGAGCUGGACUCUGAGCCGGGGAAUCAAGUGAUCGUGCUGGCCGUGUGAGGCGCCGUGCGGGCCGACCCCGCCAGCCAGCCAGCCAUGUCGCGCUGGUUCUUCCCGUGGUCGAGCUCGAUCAAGAAGCGCGCCUGCCGUUACCUGCUGCAGCACUACCUGGGCCACUUCCUGGAGGAGCGCCUCGGUCUCGAGCAGCUCAGCCUCGACCUCUACGCCGGCGCGGGCCGCCUCAGCCGUAUCCACCUCGAUGUCUGGUCUGUGAAUGAGUUCCUGGAAUCCAUCGGGGCCCCCCUGGAAAUUGUUGAUGGCUUCAUCGACAGCAUCGCCGUCACGAUCCCCUGGUCUGCCUUAGUCACGGAGAACUGCACUGUGGAAGUGAGCGGUCUGCAGAUUACGUGCCGGCCAAAGUACCGUAGUGCUGCCCCCGGUUCAGAGUCGCAGAACUGGGCGUCAUGCAUGACCACGAGCAUGCAGCUUGCACAGGAGUGCCUGAAGGAGCAGGCCGAAGAGCCCUCAGACACUCCCCAGCCACUCGAGGGGCUUGAGAUGUUUGCCCAAACCAUAGAAACUGUCUUGCGAAGGAUUGAAGUGACCUUCCUGGACACAGUGGUGCGAAUAGAGCACAUGCUGAGCAAGGAACAGGGCAGCGUGGCCCUGGAGGUGCACAUCAAAAGGCUGGAAUACUGUGAUGAAGCAGUGAAAGACCCCGGGCAAGUGCUGCCCGUAAACAUCCACCAGCCUCCAGCCUUUGUGCACAAGAUCCUGCAGUUGAGCGGCAUCUUGCUCUACUAUGAGGAGUUCACAGAACACAGUGGAGGCAGCAAUGUGCGUGCGCCGUCCCCAGUCCCCAAGGAGGCGGUGGAGUCGUCCAGCUCUCAGGGAGAGGAGGAGGAGACGGCCGCUCCUCUGCUUCAGAUUGGCAGCUGCUCUGGGUACACAGAGAUGAGGAUCAAACUUAAGCAAAAUGAGGCUUUCCCUGGACCCAAGCUGGAGCUGGAUGGCAAGAUGGGGUCGCUGCAUCUCCUGCUCUCCCCCCGUCAGAUCUUGUACUUGCUAGAUCUCCUCUCUUCUCUGAACCUCUCAGAAUCCAGUGUCCUGCGGGAACAGCUGAGCAAAAGUCGCCCUCUGGACUCAGAUGACCUGAAGCUGAUAGAGCAGGACCUCAGUCAGCAGUUGCAUUCGGGGCUGGGGUCUGCCACCACAUGCCUGGAGGGAGUGGAGAGCCGCAUGACACUGGAAAAUGGAGAGAUGUUCUUCUCCAUGGCACCCAUGACCAGCAGCGUGGCCUCAGUGCGCUCAGUCAGCGAACUCUCCGAUAUUGAUCUAGAGUCCUCCACUCACAGUGACUUCAGUGCCAGCCAUCUUCAGGCUCCGGCCUUCACCCCAGGGCUGAUCCUGAGUAGUCCCAGGCGCUACGGACAGUCACCCUUUGCUGCUACAUUGCCAUGCCUCAACAAGAUACAAAGCAAGCCCACCCAUCCACCAUUGCCCUCCAUGGAGAGCCAGCGGCCUGAAGCCCUGCUGCGGGUGACCAUGGGGGGACUCACCGUGACGCUGCUGCACCAGUACCGAGAAAGCCCCUGCCUUCAACUGGCUCAGCGGUUCUUUUCCCAGUUGGGUGGCUUGAAGGACUCUGCCUUUGGGGGUCGGGACUUCCAGCCUUUGCGCCGGUGCUUCGAGGAGGCCUGUCCGUUCAGCAACGUCAGGCUAACUGGGGCUGCCGUCCAGAUCAGCUGUGAGCACAAAGCCUCCAGCAGGCAGCAGAUGCUCAGCUGGGACGCGUCCUUCGGACUGCUAGAGAUUUUAGAGUGCCUCUGGCCGGAGAGCAGCGCGCUGGCAAAGCCGGAGUACACAGAGCUGCUGGUCUUCGCCAUCCCCAGUGCCUUUCCAUACAGCCAGUCACCUCGGCCUUGUGCCCGUGUCCACUCCAAGCACUCGAAGAAACUGCCCUCCUCAAAGAGCCGCCUUGCCAAAGCUGCUGCCAAACAUACUGUGGAGCUGGUGGCCGAGCUGACUGACUUCUGCUCAGAUGUGGAUCUGGGAACUCUUGACCGGCUUUGCUCCCUCCUCCACCGCGCCACGGAGCCUACCGGCCCAACUUGGUCUCCGGCCCCUCCUGCCGAGGCACACUUGGCAGAUUCUCCCCUUGCUGCCGAAUGGCAGACAAGUGUGAAGCUGGCGGCUCCCAAGACCACCCUGCGGGUGCAGUUCCCAAUUCCAGACCUGCGGGCGUGGCCUGAGAGACGGCCCUGGGCGGAGAAGGCGGUGCGCAAAGAGAGUCUGCGCCUGGAUUUGGCGGAUCUCGAGCUGCACACAGAGCUUGGGCCUGCUGGCUCCACCCAUCUAGAAGCCACCUUCAGCAAUGUGCAUGGUGUGUACGAAGAUGGUGAGAAGCUUUCGGUGCCCUGCUUCCGGGUGGGCAAAGCCCCCAACUUGUUGGCCAAAGGGACAGAAAAGAAAUACAUCCUCCCAAAAAUCACUCUGACCCUCCACCCUCAGGCUUGCGACCCUCAGUGGGACUUGAGCCUUGCUAAGGUCGAGGAGAUGGAGCUCUCGUCAGCAGAGAGCCCGUGUGAGUUGAAGCAGCCCGAGCCUUCCCCCUUCUCCUCCAAAAGGACCAUGUACGAGACGGAGGAGAUGGUGAUCCCUGGGGAUCCUGAGGAGAUGGCAGAGUUCCAGGCCCAGACGAUGGCAGCCUCCCAGUACGCCCUAGAGGUGCUGUUCCCCACCGCACACAUUUUCCUCCCCAGCAAGGAGUUCUACGAGAGCAUUUACAACAGGAUCAAUAAUGACCUUUUGAUGUGGGAGCCCUUCAGCCCUCCUCCAAGCCCCUCGGAUCCCCUGGGGGGCCACGUGAGCACCACAGCUGCUGAGGCAUUCCCCCGCUGGCGGGAGGAUUUCAAGAUGUGCAAGUCGGCCUUUAAACUGGAUUCUGACUCUGAAGAGGAGGACUCCCACUUCUAUUCAUCAGACGAGGCAGCCGCACAGCGGAAGAAGGGGGAGCAAAGGAGCCAGUUUCUCCAGAGCUGUGUCUCCAUCAUGCUCCGAGUGGGGAAGGGCCGGGUCACCGCUCUGUGCGAUGCCAAGGGUGAGGGUGGUAAGAAGCUGGAAGGUUGCCAUGGAGAGCUGGUCUUGGACGUGGAGAGCGGCAGCCUCUUCAGCGUCUCGCAGUACAAAGGCCGCGAGGACCUCGGCUACUUCUGCAUCGAGUCAGAGAAGGUCGCACUUUAUCACAAAGCUGUGGUUGAGGACUACCUCAUGGCCGAUCAUCUGGAAAUCCCCAGCUUUUUGCCCCCUGAGGGGCUCAACCCCACCAUCUACGCCUCCCAGGAGGGCACCGUGGCUUGGCCAUCAGAGGUCAAGAAGGAUGAGCCUGUGAAGAAGUUCUCCAUGGCUAUCCAGAUCAACCUGGAUGUGGAGAAGAACAUCAAAGAAUUUCUGGUGACUCUGCGACUGGUAGGUGCCACAAUGCGACAUCACAUGGCACUAACACACCAGAGCUGGUAUACACAGAUGAUUGACUUCCUGGAUGUUCUAGAUGACCCAAUUCUGGGCUUUGUGCCUCCCACAGUCAUCACGGUGCUGCACACCCAUUUCUUCAGCUGCGCAGUGGAUUACAGGCCUCUCUAUUUACCAAUCCGGGUCCUCAUUACAGCCGAGACCUUCACCCUCUCAAGCAACAUAAUCGUGGAUACGUCAGUCUUCCUCCUCCGGUUCAUUUUGGACGACUCUGCCAUUUACCUGUCAAACAAAUGCGACUCUGAGACGGGUGACUUGAGGAAAGAUUACGUGUGUGUUGUGGAUGUGGAUCUUCUGGAGUUGGUGAUCACCACGUGGAAGGGAGCCACAGAUGGGAAACUGACCCAGCCGCUGUUCGAGCUUCGCUGUUCCAACAACGUUGUUCACGUGCACACCUGUGCAGACUCGUGCGCGGCACUUGCAAACCUUAUCCAGUACGUGGUUAACAACGGCGACCUACACCCUCCGCCUCGGCAUGACAGCCCCACCGAGAUUGCCGGCCAGAAGGUGCAGCUGUCCGAGAGCCCAGCAUCGCUGCCGUCUUGCCCCCCUGUUGAGACAGCAGCCAUUAACCAGCGGGACCUCACGGAUGCCCUCAUUGAUACGGAGCGGAGUCUCCGGGAGCUGUCUACUGAGUCUGGUGAUUCCGGAUUCAGGCGGCAAUCCUCUCCAGUGUCCGUUUACCUGUUCCCAGGAGAGAAGGGUGCUGCAGUCAAGGGCAAGGUCCCAGCCCCUGCCCCUGAGGGGAAAGGGCUGGAUCUAAGCCCCUCAGAAGACAGUGAGUGUGAGAGUGAGGCCACAGACACGGACGACUUCUGCAUCUUGGAUGCCCCAGGCACAGGCAUCCCGCCCCGAGACGGCGAGCCCGUUGUGACGAAGCUUUUAGAAGGACCGGUCUGCAUCCGGGAAGGUCACUUCUCCCGACCGCUGGGCAGCACGGAUUUGCUGAAGGCUCCCUUGCACUUCCCUAUGCCCGAGAGCCGUGUCAUGCUGCGUGAAAUUUCGGUGGUCUGGCAUCUCUAUGGCGGCAGAGACUUUGGCGUUGGGCGCUCUGCCUCGGGUCAUGUCCAUUCGCCAAGGGCGAAGCCGUCUCUGUCCAGUGCCCGCUCCUCCCCUUCCCGCUGCUCGGUCAUCAACCGGCCCCAGAACACCUGGCGGGCCCAGGGAGGCACUGGCCGGAUUCACGACUUGCUAAUGGAAAUCCAGUUGACAAAAGUGAGCUUUCAGCAUGAAACAUACCCCACCGGCCACUCUGAGAAGCCAGUCCUGGAGCUGGGGGAGCAGCCCCUAGCCAGGCAGGUGUUCAUCGUCCAAGAGUUGGAGAUUCGGGACCGCCUGGCCUCCUCCCAGAUCAACAAGUUCCUCUACCUGUACAGCAGCGAGUGCAUGCCUCGGCGUACCCACUCCAACAUGCUCACCAUCAAAGCCCUCCAUGUCUGCCCUGAAGCUGGCCUGGGAGGCCCAGAAUGCUGCCUUCGUGUCUCCCUGAUGCCACUGAGGUUGAACAUUGACCAGGACGCCUUGUUCUUCCUGAAGGACUUUUUCACCAGCUUGGCUGCCGGCAUUAACCCUGUAGUGCCCAUUGAGGCAGGGCCUGAAGGUCGCCUGGAGUCUCUGGGGAAGGAGACUGAGGGAAUUGAGGGAGAGAUGACGGCUUCGAUGGAGACCACGUUCAGUGAAAACAGCUCUUUGUCCAACACCUCCUCUUCCUCCUCUGACCAGCCUGUCUACUUCCGGGAGUUCCGGUUCACCUCUGAAGUGCCCAUCUGGCUAGACUACCAUGGCAAGCACGUGACUGUGGACCAGGUGGGCACUUUUGCUGGCAUCCUGAUUGGCCUGGCGCAGCUCAACUGCUCCGAACUCAAACUCAAGAGGCUUUGCUGUCGACAUGGGCUCCUAGGUGUAGAGAAAGUGGUGAACUAUGCACUGACGGAGUGGCUGACAGAUAUCCGCAAGAACCAGCUGCCAGGCAUCCUGGGAGGUGUAGGCCCCAUGCACUCGGUGGUGCAGCUCUUCCACGGCCUGCGUGACCUCUUCUGGCUCCCCAUCGAACAGUAUCGCAAGGAUGGGCGCAUCAUCCGUGGCCUGCAGCGUGGCGCGGCCUCCUUUGGCACAUCUACUGCCUCUGCGGCACUGGAGCUCAGCAAUCGCCUGGUGCAAGCCAUCCAGGCCACAGCAGAGACAGUCUACGACAUCCUGUCCCCUACAGCCCCUCCUACGACUCGCGCCCUUCUGGAUAAGAAGCACACUCGCAAACUAAGGCGUGGUCAUCAGCCAGCAGACCUGCGGGAGGGCAUGGCCAAAGCGUAUGACACCGUGCGAGAGGGCGUCAUCGACACAGCCCAGGCCAUCUGUGACGUUGCCACCCGCGGCCAUGAGCAGAAGGGGAUCACGGGAGCAGUGGGAGGCGUCCUGCGGCAGAUUCCCCCCACGGUGGUGAAACCGCUCAUCGUGGCUUCAGAAGCCACCUCCAACCUCCUGGGGGGGAUGCGUAACCAGAUCAAGCCCGACGCUCGCAAGGAAGAGUCUCUGAAAUGGCGGUCAGAGGACAACCAGGAGUGAUGGGCUCCAUCCAAUCCUGUGGAGCCAGACCCGGAGCAUGGCGCGGGGGGUGGGGGCUGUGCCUUUUCAUUAUGCCAGAUGUUGCACAGCCAUUGAACGACGCAACCCCCUUCCCCCAUAUGAAGAACUGUUGAAUUGUGGGUUGGGGGGGGGAGAGAAAAGCUUCUCCCUCAGCAAGAAUUUAGGGGGGAGUUGGUUUAGCUCAACACGCACGGGGUACACAAAGCAUCAUGGGGAGGGGCCGACUCCACCGGUCCUCAUGUGGCUUCAGUCUUAUUUUUGUACUUUUUGGGAGUAAACUUCUGCUAUCCAGCUGGUAUAUGAUCUGCAGCUGCUGUCCCACCUCCCACCCCCCACCCCAGUGAGGAGGACGAGAGGGAAAACAGUCGAACAAUUAAAGGACAAUGUGGAUCUGUUUUCAGCUCCAGGUGUGGUUGGAUAUGGGGUCAGAGGUCUAUAAGUGGGGAGCCUCUUAUUUUUUGCCUCCACCUGUCGAAAGAAGUAUUCAGGUGCUCCUGGCCUACCGGAAGCUGCACAGUCCGGAGCAGCUGUUGUCUCUCUGUGUGAGCAACCCCAUGCAGGACUAAUGGUGUAAUUCUUUCCACGUGAAGAUAAUGUACAGUAGUAAGCAAGCCAAGAACCAAAAGGAAAGUGGGGUGAGGGGAGUAAUGGGAGGGGUAAGCUUAGGCCACUGUGAAGAGCAGGUGAGGCUCGUCUGGGGAUAUGGCCACCAGUGGUUGGAGGAGGUAGUCCGUGCUGGGCAGAGACCCAGACUCACAUUUUCUUGCAUCUGAAUCUGGAAACGCCCCUGACAGCCGGGUUGCAAUGCUCCUUGCGGCCUCUGGGGGGAGCAAAAUGGGACCAUUUGCUUCUUGCCUAGGGAACUGGGUCCCUGCAAGCUCAGCCCAAAUUGUUCUGGCAUAGCAAGCAACAUGGACCCCUUACUUAAGAUAUCUCCUUUUCUGGCACACCGCAGUGGUGUCGGUGCUGCCUCCUGGCUGUCCUCCUUCAGCACAGCCGUGGUAUCGGAGAAGCUGUUGCGAGUGUGGGGCUAGAGCUCGUUUUUCUGGGCUUUGUUUCUCCAGAGAGAGGAGCAGAAGUUCAAGUGCGUCAUUUCUGUACUCCGGCAAGGAAGGAGGAAUCAUUUCUCCCGCCUCCUUUCCCCAUUGUCUCUCGUGUUCUUCCUCCCACUACACCUUGUUGGGAAAAGGAAACCAUAUCCAUGGCAACCUGUUUCAUAGAAAGGAAACGCUUGCCGAGGGCUUGGCAUCAGAAUGCAGGAGGGGGAAGGGACCGGUGGUUGGCUCCAGCUGCCAGAAGGGGAAGCUUCUGCCGCCUGCCCCUUGGCGCUCAGCCUGGGACCGGGGGCUUUGCAGUGGCUUGUUUGUGUCCAGUUGCCCGGGCGAUGCUGCAAGAUGUAAUGUGCCCAGGAGAGUGCAAUUCUGCAUGGAAUGUCAAGCAGGCCCCUGGACAGUGCCGGCCGCUUCUGACGGUGCAUCCCAAGCUCUCCAGGGAGUAAUCAGGAGGCUGAGGAUCGAAGCCAAAGGAUGGAACACAUUUGUCCUUGGCCCGCUUUUGGACUCGGGAGAGCCUCAGUGUGGUGUUUCUCAAAUUCUUUCCCACAAGAGCUAGAUUCUUGCACGCUCAUCUGCAGGAGGCUCCGGUUCUUCCUCAGCUGCCCUAGUUGCUACCAUCUGGCACGAGGGCCUCAGGCCCAACAGUGGUACGGAAAAAGAGGCUGCAAGGGAGCGGGAACAGAAUUUUGUCUGCUGCAAGGAAGUUUCUGGGGGGAACUUGAGUGUAUUAAAGUUGAGAAUAAAUGGAGCAAUCUGCUUUUGGAA